CAGGUGAUUUACAAAAUGGCGACAGCCAUAGCAUCCGUGAACGCACUCUUAGCGACACCGGGUCGGCUGAGUCAGUUACUAGCUGUUAUAAAAGGAUUUCGGAAUGGAGCUGUAUAUGGGGUCAAGGUGCGGUUUCCACAUGCUCUUGUCAUGACUCUUCUGUUCAAGAUGGAAGGUAAGAAUGAGUGUCUCCAAGACAUUCUUCAGGCAACUUUCACCCACUCCAAGAACUUAGCAUUGUUUGUUACCUUAUACAAGAGUCUGACAUCAAUUUUGGCUUCACUGGAAUCAAAAUCCCAGCAAUAUCAUUCGCUCCUAUCAGCUUUUAUAGGUGGCUACUUGAUCUUUGGAACUUACAAUAAGGUGAAUGAGCAGAUCAAUCUGUACCUGCUGUCACGCAUCAUCUACGCCCUCAUACGACUGGCGGUAAAGCGAGGCUAUAUCUCGCAACCCCGGGGCCCGGUGUUUCCGUGGUUUGCAGCCGGGGUGUGGGGCGUGGUCUUGUGGCUGUUCGAGCACGAGGCGGACACGCUACAGCCGUCACUCAAGUCCUCCAUGACCUACCUCUACCACGACAGCAACUUCUGGAGCUCACUACGAAACUUCUUGAUACACAACAAAUAGCUUAGACACGGUGUGUAGAUAACAGAUAAUGUAGACGGGGUGGAAUGUACAAUAAAUAGCGCAGACAUGGCGGAUACACUGACAAUAGAGUCGAUAUGAUUGGUACGCAGCAAAUAGUGGGGGCAUGGUUGUAUGUGGCUAGAAUGUUCUAAGAACAGUGUAGUGCUUAACAAAGUCAAGGGAGAUCAUUCUGCAGCAGCUUUCUUCUUUCUAAUUCGUGGUUACGUGUUUAGUGGCAAACAACUUAAAAGGCUGUUUGUAUAUGUAUGUGUUGGAAUCCUAAAAAUUAAGUGCUUUAGUGCGCGUUAAAUAUAUCUCCACACCACGUCUUGCCGAACAAAAGCUAUCCAUAUAUAUUUAUAUGUAGAGAGAAGUGGGGUUAGGGUAUGUCCCCUACGAGAGACCCGGUAUGUUCCGGUUCCGAAACAUCUUGGUAGUAUCGACAGUGACGAGAAGAUAGCGUGCAUGCUUGUGUGGAUGUGUGAGCGGUACAGAAGACACCUGUACAUUGUUACCUCCGAGGUUACUUUCAGUGCCUAGCAACACACCCGGCAAAUACCCCAGCAUGAAUCACAUGCUGGUGUAUUUGGCAUCAUUUUCUUUUUUCUUUUUGUAUUAAAAGCCAGUCUUUGUUAUAUCUGUUCAGUACGAUGCCACAAAACUCCGGUGUCCUCAUAUAUAUAUAUUUUAUUAUAUAGUGUCCAUUAGUAAACUGCGGGUAAAAUAUUCUUCUAUAACAUUAUUAAACCUUUCGUUUUUUAAUGACUGUAUUAGCAUUAUUUCAAUGUGGCUAUAAAUAGAUGCUCUGAUUUAAGAGGGAUUUAUGCUUACCGAUGUCAACUGAGGAGGGAUGGGUGGGUGGGGUGAGGUGCCCAAGCUAGGCGGUUCGAGUCCCGCGUGACGCAGUUGUCUUCCCCCCCCCCCCUCCCAGUUGACUAAACUUUUAAAUCAUCAGCAGGUUGUGAAUGAAAAAAAGUGCGAUCUAUAGCAACUCACUCCCCGACAAUCAAAAAAGCUAUGAGGCUUUACAGCAGGACUUUGUGGUAAGUCUUGAAUAGACACGGAAAUUAAUAUCAGCUAGUAUUUCACAAUUUUGAAUUAUUUAUUAUUUUUUAAUCAUUUCUAAUUUUUUAUUUAUGUAGUGGCUACAAGCCUGGGAGGCACUGGCCGUAAGUAGUAAACAAACAGUGCAAGGAUUUAUCACGAUUCUUGUAUCAGAUGGUCCUUGAAAAAAGUACAUGGGUUGUGAGCGUGUUACAAGGAUAUCCUGGGACAAACUGAAGUACAUUCCUGUUGGCGGUACGCCUCCAUGAGAAAUAUCUGAUUCAGUGACUAGUACAUACAAGAAUCUCGGUUAUCUUGCAGGAUGGAUUUGGGGGAAGUGAAAACAAGGGUUCGUAGAGUUACACGGAUCUCGAUGCCACGUCUGCCUGGAGGCACAAGAGCUGUAUUUGUCAGCCAAGCAAGUGAAAAUGACAAUAAAUAUUUACAACAUGAAGUCAUUUGUAUAACUGAGUGUCAGCACGUACAUUGUCAAACUAUUUAUUUCAUUCAUUCUUAAAUGUUGUUUUUUGAUAAUUCUAGAAGAGAAUGUAUUGCGUACAAAGUGAGAAAAAUAAUUGAAGAAAAGUGAUGAAAUAAAUGAGUUAAAACAUC